UAAGGCCGUCAUCGUACAGUGCUCAGUGUCAUUCGUCUGGUUUUAUCAAUUCCAGCAGCCUCGGCUUGUUCCAAGCGCCAGUAACCAGUCAUGAAUACUUCAAUCCGUAUUUUGCUCGUGCUCUUUUUAGCCUAUUCAAUGGUAUUCAUGUUCGUUGCAGGAAGCGUUCCUUUUGAACGAGCCAUAGGAGUCUGUAUCCGAAAUUGCGCUCAAUGCAAGAAAAUGUUCGGCCCAUACUUCCUUGGACAAAAGUGUGCCGAUUCUUGUUUCAAGAAUAAAGGAAAACUUAUUCCUGACUGCGAGGAUGAGGAUUCGAUCCAACCAUUCCUUCAAGCGCUUGAUAGCGAAUAUUAGAAAAUUAAAAUCGACUUAAUGUUCCUCGCUAU